AUGGUGGUGCGCACCCGGGACCUUGCUCACCUGAAGGCUUCCACCGGCAGAGCCGUCCAGCUGACCAACGUAACCAGCGGCCUGACGGCCCUGGAGUCAAAGGUCGCCGCCGCCGCGAACCAGAGCGGCUCAGUCCAGACCGCGCUGUCGCAGAGCAGCCAGCAGGCGGCCGCGCUGCAGGCCAAAGCCAACGCGCUCGAGGCAACGGUGGCAGCGUUCAACAGCACGCAGGCCGCGGCGCUGCUCGCGGCGGACCAGGCGACGGCCAAGCAGCUCGCCUCGUUGGUGGCGGCCAACCAAACUUUCGGCCAGGACAUCGCCGCGCUCAAGGUCGAUUCGCAGCAGUGCCACUGCACCCAGGAGCUGUCUGCCCUGAACGCCACCGCCUCUGCUGGCACCACGGCGGGGGCCGCCAACGCGGCGGCGAUCGCGGCAGUCAACGCCUCUGUGGCGUCGCUCGCGUCCGCGGAGGUGCAGCGGGCCGCCGCCGUCGCGACGCUCGGCGCCAGCGUCGCCACCCUCAACACGACGGUGGCGGCGAUCGACCUCGGCCUCUACUUCAAAAAGACGGACGCGAUCGACGCCGCCACACUGGGCAGCGUUGCCGCGGCGCUGUACCUUCGGAAGCGCGUCGUCCCCUACUCCUACCAAACCCGUACGACAGGGGCGUUUGGCGGCCGGGCCGCCGGCGACACCUUGUGCCAGGCGGCCACCACGCGGCCUUCGGGGCUGCUGCAGGCACGCGCGUUCGUGUCCGUCGACGCAUCUGAUGCAAUCACAGGCUUCCCCGCAAAGUAUGGGGUCCCUAUCAACCUGCCCAUCGAGUCGCCCGGCAGCGUCGUCGUUGCUGGAAACUGGACGCAGCUGCUGGGCGGCAGCAUCCGGGUCACGCUCAAUGACGCGGGAGUGGCCGGCGGCCUUUGGUACUCCGGCAGCAACUCCGAUGGCAGCGCGCGCAGCAGCAACUGCAAUGGUUGGACAAGCAGCAACCCCGCCGACGUCGGCGCUACCGGCGAUUGCCUUCAAACCAACACUCAAUGGCUCGAUUCGCUGACCCCUGUCACAUGCAAUAGCAACAAUGUGCUGCUCUGCAUCGCAUUUUAA